AUGGCUUAUGCAAGAGUCUGUGUGGAAAUAGCUGUGGAUUCUGAUUUUCCAGAUCACAUAGAUGCAAUGGUAGGUAAAGUACCAAUUCAAAUCCCAGUGAAGUAUAGUUGGAAACCUCCAAGAUGCUAUCAUUGUGGAGUUUUUGGACAUCAUCAAGAGAAAUGUGGUUCAACUAUAGCAGCUGCUGCUGUUUCUGCUGCACAAGUUGCAGCUACUGCUGCUGCUGCUAAGCUAAGAGGUCCAAAUGGAGGAAAGCAUGAUAGGCCUAACAGUGAAGGUGGCUCAGGGAGUAAAGGUGGACCUACAGCUGUUCUGCAAAACAAAUUUCAACAACUCUUUGGAACUUACACGGAUGAGGAUAUGGGAGGAUCAAGGACUUAUUCUAGAGAGACUGAAGGAAAAAAGGAUGGGGCAGUGAACAUGGAGAUGAUUGAAUUUUCUAGUGACCUACCAGUAGGGGAGGGGAAUCUUCCCUUGUCUGGUAGUGAAUCAGGGGGGUCAGGUAAACUUCUCAAAGAGGUCAACAGUACCUUUAUCACUCUUGUAGCUAAAUGUGAUAAUGCUUCUUCUGUGCUUGAUUUUAGACCCAUUGCUUGCUGCAAUGUGAUUUAUAAGUGCAUCUCAAAAAUAAUUGCUUCUAGGAUGAAGUUUAUCUUGAAAGGGUUAGUGAGCUCAAAUCAGUCGGUUUUUAUUUCUGGGAGAUCUAUUCAGGACAAUAUUCUUCUUGCCCAUGAAAUUGUUAGAAAUUAUCACAAGUCAAUUGGAAGUCCUAGGUGUGCUCUCAAGAUUGAUCUUCAUAAGGCAUAUGACUCUGUCAGCUGGGAGGCAAUUGUUGCUGUGAUGAAGAAGUUUGGUUUCCCCAACCAAUUUAUUGAUUGGAUUUAUGUUUGUAUCUCCACUGCAAAAUUUUCAGUCAUGAUUAAUGGAUCACCAUAUGAAUUCUUUGGAGCUGCAAGGGGUUUGAGACAGGGAUGCCCACUAUCCCCUUAUCUAUUUGUUAUGGUUAUGGAGUUUUUUAGUGGUCUUCUACAAAAACAAGUCUCAUCUGGCAAUUAUGGGCUUCACCCAAAGUGUAGAGCUACAAAACUUACUCAUCUCUGCUUUGCAGAUGAUGUCUUGGUAGUCUUCAAGGGUAAUGUGCAGUCUGCUCAGGUGCUAUCUAAAGUGGUGAUAGAUUUUAGCAACUUCUCUGGAUUAAUAGUAAAUUGUGAUAAAAUCUCUCUAUUCUUUUCAGCUGUUGAUCUAAGGGAACUGGAUAUCAUUCUUAUUUGCUUAAAGUGUGUUGCAGGAGAGCUCCCUGUCAAGUACCUGGGAGUCCCAUUGAUAUCCACUAGACUCUCCUAUUCAGAUUUCCAAACCCUUCUCUGUAGUGUGACAAAAAGAGUUAAGUCUUGGAAGGCAAAGCACUUAGCUUUUGCUGGAAGAAUGCAACUCAUCAAAGUAGUGCUGAGUGGUAUGAUUACAGUUUGCACUGUGGAGAGAGCUGGGGGUCUUGGCAUUAGAGAUCUAGAACAGACAAACAUUGCAGCCAAUCUAAGACAUAUUUGGGACAUUACCUCAGGCAGAGACUCAAUUUGGACUCAAUGGGUUCACUUGAACCUCAUUAAACAAAGGGAUUUCUGGGAUUUAGUGACUCCUCAAGAUUGCUCAUGGAUCUGGAAAAGAAUAUUGGAACUGAGAGACGUUGCUAAACAAUUUAUGGGAACUUGCUUGGGAAAUGGUGCAGCUACAAACUUUCUUUUUGGAUUUUGGCACCUCAAAGGAAGAUUAUGGGACUGGUUAGCUGAUGAAUGCAUGUGUUCUAUAUGCCCCAACAGGGAGAGAAAAGUAGCUGAUUUUAUGCAUGAUGGAAAGUUUGUUUUACCAAAUGACUCCCAUGGAGCCCAAUGUGAAUGUGUGUAUUUACUUCAGGAGAUUGAGUAUGAUGUUAGAGAUGAAGACAAAAUCAUUUGGAAGGGGAGUAAAACAGGUGACUUCUCAAUGAAAGAUACUUUCAAGGUUUUAUCUGGUGCAGUAGAUGAGAUUGGUUGGACUAGACUGUUUUGGUAUAAAAACAACAUUCCAAGACAUUCGUUCAUCAGCUGGUUAGCUUGUCAUAGGAGAUUGAAAACUAAAGCAAAACUGAUGAGAUGGGGAAUUGUGGAGAGUGCUAGCUGUGUUUUUUGUGAAAAUGGAACUGAAGAUGAAGAAAACUUAUUCUUGAAUUUCACUUACUCCAUGGAAUUUGGAAAGGGGUGCUGA